ACCCCCGCUGCCUGCUGCCCACAGCUCUGGAAGUGGCAGUUGUGUCAUUCACCGCUGGACUUUGACAGUAGCCAAAGGCACUGUUCAGUUCUCCAUUCCUGUCUCCUUCCAGCUCUGCCGAGGUCUCCGCUGAGAUCAACCGGAGGAUAUGUCCCCUGGAAACUGGAAGCCCCCAGUGGUAGUCCAGGGUAUCCUGUGGAUCCUGUACGGAUUGCUGCUGCAGCUGGAGCCAGGCACAGCGACCCUGCCCCUGCUCAUGGACUCUGUCAUCCAGGCACUGGCUGAACUCGAGCUGAAGACAUCAGUCACUGAGGCUGGCCACACUGCCUCUGCAUGGCUGCUGUCAGCCCAGGACUCUGGUGCCCACAAUCCCCUCUAUCACUUCCUGCUGGAGGGGCAGAGUCUCAACACCACCAAGCUGGAUCCUCCUUCACUGAGCCCAGAGCUUCGAGGCCUGUCCAAGGAGGUGGCAAGACAUGGUGUGAGGGAUGGGAAGGAAUACGGUGUGGUACUGGCACCUGAUGGCUCAACUGUGGCUGUGGAGCCUCUUCUGGCAGGGCUGGAGGCAGGGCUGCAGGGGAACAGGGUUGUAAACCUGCCCUUAGACAGCACUGCUACCCCUCCGGAUGCUGGAGUCACCUUUCCAGACGUUGGAGAUACAGUUCCAGAUGUAAGAGCCACCACCUCCCCAGGACUCAGGGAUGUGUCUCCAGAUGUCACCCAUGCAGAUGCCGGAACUGUGUCUCCAAAUGUUAGAGCCACAGAUCUAGAUGUCGGGGCCACUUCUCUGGAUGUUAGACCCAGCUCUCCAGAUGUCCAAGCCCCCUCACCAGAUACCAAAGCCAAGUUCCCAACCACCGUGGACAGCCUCUUUGUGGUCACCCUGGCUAGAGACUUGGGCCUGAACUUCCUCCAGGGCCCCCAGACCCAGAGGCAUUCUAAGCUGGGAACUGAGGGCUGCUGGGACCAGCUCUCUGUUCCCCGAACCUUCACGCUCCUGGACCCUGAAGCAUCACGCCUCACCACGGCCUUCCUCAAUGGUGCCCUUGAUGGGGCCCUCCUUGGAGACUACCUGAGCCGGUCCCCUGAGCCCCGGCCACCCCUCAGCCAUCUGCUGAGCCAGUACUACGGAGCCGGGGUAGCCGGAGACCCAGGAUUUCGCAGCAACUUCCGACGGCAGAAUGGAGCUGCUCUGACUUUGGCUCCCACUCUGACCCAGCAGGUAUGGGGGGCCCUCAUCCUGCUACAGAGGCUGGAACCAGCACACCUUCAACUUCAGGGCAUGAGCCAAGAACAGCUGGCACAGGUGGCCACCCACGCUACCAAGGAGUUCACUGAGACUUUCUUAGGGUGUCCAGCCAUCCACCCACGUUGCCGCUGGGGCGCUGCACCGUUCGAGGGCACCCCAACACCGCUGCAGCUGCCACUCGGGUUCUUGUAUGUACACCACACAUACGUGCCCGCGCCACCCUGCACGGACUUUGAGCGCUGCGCUGCGAACAUGCGCUCUAUGCAGCGCUACCACCAGCAUACUCGCGGCUGGAGCGACAUAGGCUACAGUUUCGUGGUGGGCUCAGACGGCUACAUGUACGAGGGCCGCGGUUGGCACUGGGUGGGUGCGCACACACUGGGCCACAACUCCCGCGGCUUCGGCGUGGCCUUCAUAGGCAACUACACGGCGGAGCUACCCGUAGAGCCCGCGCUGCGAGCGGUACGCGACCAGCUUCCGCGCUGCGCUGUGCGCGCCGGCGUCCUGCGGCCAGACUUUGCGUUCCUCGGCCACCGCCAGCUCGUGCGCACUGAAUGCCCUGGCGACGCGCUCUUCAACCUGCUGCACACCUGGCCGCACUUCGACAAGAACGUGAAACCAAGAACUGCCAGGCAGGCCUCCAGGACAUCCAAGAGGAGGCAACCUCCAAUGAUCCGGUUAGCCGCAGACCUCCAAUAAAGAUACCAUGGGCAGAAAGCCUUU